GUGCUUUAAAUUUUUAUACCACGUAAUUGUUAACCGAGUUUCUCGCAUCCACCGGGUUAGCUUGUGAUGUGGCCGGGUGGCUCGGUGUUUUAAACAUAGACUGGCCGGCUGCCAAAGAUUGUCGUUGUUGAUCGGGCAAAUCAACAAAAAGUAGGUCGCGGCGGGCAGCAAUGUUGACCUUGCUGCAAUCCCCCGCCUUCACUUGUCCUUUCCGACUACUACCUUCACAAAGCAGAAAGCCGACCACCGCCAAAGCAAGCAACACCCAUAGCUGGAAAGCAGAUUGCAAGUCAUCGAACAUUUCCUCUGGCGACGACGAGGAAGAUGGGUUCGGAGGAAGAAAAGGUGUUGGGAAGGAUUAUGAUAGGGACCCCGAGUUUGGUGAGAUUCUUGGAAGCCUCAUCGUUGACCCAGAAAAAGCCAAGUCCAAAAUUGAUGAAAGGUUCAGAAAGAAAAGGAACAAUGUUUUGCAAUCAAAGACUGGCUCGCCUAUACCCAUGGCAGUGAAAUUCAACCAAUUUGAUUUUACAAACUCAUACAUAUGGUUUGAGUUCUACAACUCCCCAUUGGAGAAGGAUGUCUCAUUGAUUUGUAACACUAUUCGGUCUUGGCAUAUUAUCGGACGCCUUGGUGCAUGUAACUCAAUGAAUAUGCAAUUGUCACAAGCACAUAUGGAAAAAAGACCAAGUUAUGAUGCAAUUCAAGGGGCAAAUGUGACUCCAACAACAUUUUAUAACAUAGGUGAUCUUGAGAUUCAAGAAAACUAUGCUCGCAUUUGGGUUGAUAUUGGGACAAGUGAACCGCUACUUUUGGAUGUACUCAUCAAUGCAUUGACACAAAUAAGUUCUGACUGUAUAGGAAUUAAGCAGGUAGUGUUUGGUGGAUCUGAAUUUGAAGACUGGAAGGACAGCUUGAAGGAGGACGUGGGCUACUACAAUAUCCACAAGAUUUAGGAGAAAUAAAAUUUGCAGAUUUCUAUUUUCUGGAUUGCUGCUCCUAACACCCGUCAUUGAAUCAGUGUUGUUCAGAGAGAAGAACCCCACUCGGACCAUGCAAAUCUCUUCAAGAACUCAAUUUUGCUUGCUUGAUCCACACUCACUGUGUGUGAUGGAUGGAUCUACUGUGAAAAACUAUCGCCAGAUCAGCUGUAAUGUAAUGCACUGAAUAAUAAAACCGCAUCUUUGUAUCAGCCUACAAAGUUUCACAAAGAAUUAAACAAUAAGUCGUACAUAUGCGCAGAGGAAACAAUAGCAAUGGGAGAUAGGUCUUCACCAUCAAGGUCUUUAGGGAUACAGAAAUCAUCCUCCAUUGAUUCAGUCCAGUGUGGAACGAACAUUGAGACGCAAUAUGGUGGUGGGGCGAGAAGGAUAAUUGUGGGUUCUUUGAAUGGCAUGAUGAACCUCUAAUAGAUAGGGCCAAACAUGUUAUCAAUGAUCUAAAAAUGGAGAAUAGAAGGCUUCACAGUACAAUAAUGGGACUAGAGGAGGCCAUACAUGCAGGGGAGGCCAUAACUGGAGGUGGGGAGUUUAAUGAAACACCAAUUCGAGAAUAUGAGCAUACCUUUAAACAAAACAUGGAAUUUGAGGUUCAAGAGCUUAACCGUACAGAGAUUGCAGAACAUUUGGAGUUACAUAGAGGAGCAAAUUUGAAGAGGAAUUAUGUGAUUGUACUGAUGUUGUGUGCCCUUGUUGUACUCAUAUGUAUGAUUUUAGGUUAAUCAUGUAAAAAAGUAUUCUAUUGUAAUCUUGAACACCAUUGAUGGGCAAUGGAGUAGCUUCUUUAGUAUGUAUGCACUUGGUUUCACAUUAGUAUGAAAUGACUUUGUAUUUGGAAUUCAUUUGUCUUAAUUGUUGUUGUGUG